AUGCCUUCCCUUGAUGUGAGCGAGCUCAACAUCGUCAUUGCCAUCCUAGGCUUCUUUAUCAUCAGCUAUGGCUUCCAGUCCGUCAAGAUCAAGCAAGUCUGGUAUCUCGGCGAAGCACUGCCGGCCGUCGUGUUCGGGAUACUCUUGGGCCCAAUCGCAGCCAAAUUCCUUGAUGCUGAGCGAUGGGGCUCUGCAGCACAGGGCCAGCAGAACGCAAUCACCCUCGGAGUCGCUCGCAUCGUGAUUGGCGUGCAGCUUGUCAUUGCUGGAUUUCAGCUGCCCGCGAAGUACCAGUUGUACAGAUGGAAAGAGAUGCUCAUUUGUCUCCUACCGGUAAUGACCAUCAUGUGGCUAUGCACGACAGCCUGUAUGCUCGCCACGGUGCCUAAGAUAACCUUGCUGGCUGCCCUUGUCAUCGGGUCCUGUGUCACUUGCACCGACCCUAUCCUUUCCCAAGCUGUUGCCAAGGGCCCCUUCGCCGACAAAUAUGUCCGUCGACCCUUGCGAGAACUCAUCUCUUCAGAAGCGGGUGCAAAUGACGGAUUCGGCUUCCCCUUCCUCAUGUUGGCCGUCUACCUCAUUCGACAUGCAGAGUAUCCAGGCUUAGAAAAGGAGAUGGCAGAUCACUCGGCUGCGUUGUUGGCGAAAGAAGGAGUUGAACGCGCCGAUGGAAGUGCCACCAAUGCGACGGAAGCUGCAGUACAUCUGCUAGUGCGUGGCGUGUCGAUGUUGGUAGCUCGAGAGGAAGGCGGCGAGGAAGUCGGCCGUCUGGGUGGAGGUGUUGGUAAAGCUCUUGCUGAAUGGGGCGUCGAGACUUGGCUUUACAUCGUCUUGAUGUCCGUGGCCUAUGGUGCUGUCUGUGGGUUUGGGAGCAUGUACCUGACGAGAAUUGCUCUCCGCAAGAAUUGGAUCGACACCGAAUCCUACUUGCUCUGGCCGACAGCAUUAGGGCUGUUCAUUGUCGGCACAUGUGGAGCUCUGGGCACUGAUGACCUCCUAGCCUGCUUCGUUGCCGGCAAUGCUAUGAACUGGGACGGCCAAUACCUUGCUGAAACUACCGCCCGACAUGAUGAAGUAAACUCGUGCGUCGACGUCCUGCUGAAUUUCGGCGGAUUUAUGUACAUUGGUACAAUCAUCCCAUGGUCCGACUUCAACGAUCCCAAUGGAACGGGCCUCACAUAUCCUCGACUCAUCGGCCUGGGAAUUUUGGUCCUUAUCUUCCGCCGUAUACCAGCCAUCUUCGCCACAUACAAGCUGUUCCCGGGUUGCUGCAAAGACUGGAAGGAAGCACUGUUCAUGGGCUAUUUUGGUCCCAUCGGCAUCGGCGCUGUCUUUUACGUCGAACACACACGGCAUUUAUUUCCCGAGUCUGGCGAGGCGUUGACAGUCGAAGAGAAUUUGCUUACUCGUGUCAUGAUUCCUGUGGUCUACUGGCUCGUCUUGUUCAGCAUCGUCGUCCACGGCCUCUCCAUUCCGGCGCUCAACGCGUUUCUCAAGUGGCGCGGCGUCCCGCCGAUCCAGGACGACCAGGAAGGCCCUGUUGAGGUCGAUGUCCUCAGCACGCAUGAGCCUUUACCUAAGAACGCCCGCCGCUCAAGUGAUCCAAAGAGACGCAGUAUCGUCGUCAACAAUCGGUUUAGCCGUGCUGGGCCGAUCGAUAUCUCUGGUCCAAUGGUACAGCAUGGAGCUGUGGGCUGGCCGCAGCAGAAUGUGUAUGGGAAUGGGUACGAUGAUGGUUCAGCCCAGUACUACCGCAAAGAUAACGCUCAGCAGCGUAUCACUUUCUCGGAUGUGAACGCUCGCUUGGGCGAGAAAGACAUGGUGUGA